UUUCCAUCUAUAUAUUUUUUCUGGUCGCCGGUUAUCGUCUGCUAGAAUUGACUGGAAUGAUUGUUUGUCAUUUUAUGAUUCUCCGUUUCUCGACGAACAAUAGAAAAUGUUAUUGUACGCGAUAAUUGGUAGCUAUGUUAUAACUUCAGUGAUUCUUUUUAAAUAUCCGACAUUAAUACAUAAGAAAAAGCGAAUAAAAUUCACAUGCCAUCAUAUCAGUCAUAGAGGAGGUGCCGGAGAAAAUUAUGAAAAUACCAUGUAUGCAUUUAAACGAGCAGUAGCUAUUGGAACAGAGAUGUUGGAACUGGACUGCCACUUGACACGAGAUGGAGAAGUUGUUGUGUCUCAUGAUCAAAAUUUACUCCGUAGCACUGGAACUAAUAAAAAUAUUUCAGAAUUAAAUUACAAGGAUUUACCCUUGUUAAAACAACGACUGCCCAUUGAUUUUGACCCAGAAAAAGAAUUUGUUGGCUCUGAUAAUGUAGAAGAGCGACGUUUCCCACUCUUGCGUGAUGUAUUUGAGGCCUUUCCUGGUAUGCCAAUUAAUAUUGAUAUUAAAAUAAACGAUGAUCAACUUAUAACUAAAGUUUCGGAGUUAAUAAAGCAGUAUCAUCGUGAAGAUUAUACAGUAUGGGGUAAUUUUAGUGAUGAAAUAACGAAAAAGUGUUAUCGUACGAAUCCUAAUGUCAAUUUACUCUUCUCUAUGCAACGUGUAACUCUGUUAAUCAUUCUAAUGUAUACUGGCCUAUUACCAUUUAUAUCACUACGAGAAACUCACUUGGAAAUAUUCCUUCCGUCCAUAUAUCUUCGUCGCAAAGGGAGGCCAAGCUCCACAUUUUUGCCAUUGGAGAAAUUAGUAGUCCGGUCGAUAAACAUUUUAUUAAUGAGACCAUGCCUGUUUAAUCAUCUACGAGCUCGAGGAAUACACGGAAAUAAUACCACUUACCACUGGGUAUAUUUCUGGGUGUUAAAUGAGGAAGAAGAAUUCAAACGAGCCUUCGAUCUUGGUGCUACUGGAGUGAUGACAGAUUAUCCAACAAGAUUGAAAUUAUUUUUACAAAAUAAUGUACAUGAAUAGAUAUUUUUGAGGAACUAUUUAUUCAGGCAACAAUGAAAUAUGGUCACAAUUU